GUAGAUUUUACUUUCUGUUUAAUAAAAGACGUUAUUAAUAUGAUUACGAUAAUUACAAGCAAGUUUAUUAUGCAAUAUUUUGCGAAUGUUGUUUCAAUAAAUAUCCGCUAUGAGGUGCUUUCACUACUACUAUCAGUCUCCAUGUUGACAAUAGGCAAAUGCAUAGUGAGGAGUGAAGUGUGUAAAUGAUAGUUUUAGCGAAUGGAAAUUAAUUUGGUUAUCUGUGCACCGACUAAUAUAAUCUGAACAUGAAAUUAUCUGUUAUGUCAGAAGCUUAUCGUUUAUGUAUGUUCAUAGUAUUCGCCUGUGUGGUGGUUGGACAGGAUAUUCCAAAAAUACAACCUUUUAGCUUUCUUCGUCGAAUUCCCAUUGGAGACAAAGCAUCGGUAACGUGUACGGUUUCUAGUACUAGUACAGUAACAUUUUCUUGGCUACACAAUGGAAUUAGUGUUUCUGAUGUAAAAAACAUUAGAAUCAGAGACGGAACAGACUAUACUUUGCUUAUUAUAGACCCAGUUGAUAUUGUUAAUGAAGGAAAUUACACGUGUAUAGCAACUAGCAAAGAAGGUGGUUCUAGUUACACAACACAUUUACAAGUCGAAGCUCCUCCUGUAUGGGUUGAAGAACCGAAAGAUGCUUCGGUUAUUUUAGGAAAUCCUCUAAAAAUUAAAUGUGAAGCUAGUGGUUCUCCAAUUCCACAAAUAGUGUGGAAAAAAAUGGAGGGUAAAAUAUCAUAAAUUUCUAUUCUAAAUUUUUGCUAUUCUAGGAAAAAACUGCGAUUUUUAAACUUCUAAUAAUAUAAUUCUAUUAAAAAGGUUCUAGAUUAAAAAAUUUAACGAAUAACGGAACAUUGUGGAAGGAAAAAGUUACAGAUGAUGAUGCAGGACUUUAUGAAUGCGAGGCAGAAAAUGGAAUAAAUGGAAAAAUAUCUAAAAAAAUUGUUGUCGAGA